UUCCAAAAAUGGAUUUUCUUUUAGAAAAGCAAAGAUAACAUUAAAAUGCCUUAUGCAAGUCAGCCAAGAGUGAAAAUCUCAGAAUUAACUGAUGAGAACGUAAAGUUCACUUUAGACAGUACUGAUUUAUCCAUGGCUAACAGUCUUCGAAGAAUUUUUAUUGCAGAGGUGCCCACAAUUGCAAUUGAUUGGGUCCAGAUUGAAAAUAAUACAUCUGUGUUGCACGAUGAAUUUAUUGCACACAGAGUUGGGUUAAUACCAUUAACAAGUGAUGAAUCUGUUGAACGUAUGAAUUAUUCACGGAAUUGCACAUGCAUGGACUUUUGUGUGGAAUGUUCCGUAGAGUUCACGUUAGAAGUAAAAUGUACUGAUGAGACAACGCGGCACGUUACUAGUCGAGAUUUAAUCUCAUCUGACCCUAAAGUUAUCCCAGUGACAUCACGCAAUAAAGAAGAUGAAUCAGAAUAUGGAGAUACUUAUGAUAUUGUUAUCGUAAAAUUGCGUAAAGGACAAGAGUUGAAAUUACGAGCUUUUGCAAAGAAAGGUUUUGGCAAAGAGCAUGCAAAGUGGAAUCCAACCGCGGGAGUAGCGUUUGAAUAUGAUCCUGAUAAUGUUUUAAGACACACAACCUACCCUCGCCCUGAAGAGUGGCCCAAAAGCGAGUACUCGCAGCUUGAUGAAGAUCAGUACCAAGGCGAGUUUGACCCUAAUGCAAAAGCUGAUACAUUUUAUUAUAAUGUGGAAAGCUGUGGAUCGCUUCGACCUGAAAAUAUUGUGCUCACUGGAUUGUCUGUGUUAAAGAAAAAACUCAGUGAUUUGCAAACGCAGCACAGUCAUGAAAUUGCUGCAGAUGUGUUGGCAAUCUGAUUGCUGAUAAAAAUUGAAACUAAAAACUGGACCAUAUUCUGUGAAUGUUGGCAAUUUUUAAUUGCAUUUACAUUGACACUGCUUGAUUGUAAAGUUUAUGUUUGUGAAGAGUUAUUUGAAAACAUAUUUGGUAACCAAACUUUUAGUUUUUGCUAAAAAAUACUGUCUCAUAGUUAAUAUUAUAACUUUAAUGUACCUGUUAUUUAGGAGACAUAUAGUAAAGGCUACUGAAGCUAAAAUUUACAUAAUAUUAUUUUUAGUUGUAGGUAAAUUAGAAGAAAAAACCGUUGUAAAUUGUUUUUUAAACAGGACAAUUCUUAUCUGUAACAGUGUAGAGUGUCCAACAUCAUGUCUGUUUAUUAUUUUAACCCAACUAAAAUCAAACUAUUGUAUGUGCAUAUAGUUGCUGAGGCAAAGUUAAUUCUUCAUAUUGUAGCUUUAAACAGAAAUAUAGGAUGCAGUGGAUUUGUAGA